AUGUCUGUCGACCAGCCUGUUGGGGGUUCAGUCCCUCCAAACACCGCCCAUGCGAUAAGCGUAUCUCUUCCAACAUGGGAAUCAAACAUAGGAUACGAAGAAGGAGAUGCAAAAGUGAUCAAUGCCAUGACUACGGGAUACCCACGAUUCUUCGUUCAUAAGAGCAUUCAAUGUCUUGCAGAUGAGGUGAUUACUCGGUUUGGCCGACAGGGAGACGCAGCUAUGCUAUUCCCAUCCCCCAAAACUGCUUCAUGCUGUAGGGACUUCCUCCUGUCAAAGGUGCCUGAAGAAGAUAAACAUAACGUACGUGUUGUGCGGCUGGUUAUGCCGCCGCAGAUUACCCCUGCAGAGCUUAAUGGCAUCUCAUCGGAGCUUUGUGCCGUGCUUUAUCCGCAGAAGUAUGGCAGUAUUUCGAAGCAGGUGUGGCAACAUAGUGGAUCUGGAAUCUCAAGCAGACGCGGUGAAUUCUGUCUUAAAGCACUGAAAGAUGGCUACCUUGUUGAAGAAUCUCAGGCACAGGCCAAAAGUGCAAAGGCAGACAGCAACGUCAUCCAUAAGGGCCCAAAGCGAUACCAGAAGGUAGAAUCUCACGGCCCGGCAAAACAAGCUGAGCCCGUGUCGCUUACUGGUGAGGGAGAAUUCAGCCAGUUUAUCGAAGAGCGCUUUGGUCGCAACUUGGACAUGUGCCUGGCGAACAAUGCAAAGCUAGCGGUUAAACGACGGAUUGCAGGGACGUUGUCUGCAGAUGCAGAAUCCCACCAACCUGAAAACGCUCGCAUCCCGGGACUCAAUGAAGAGCAUAUCUUCCUGUACCCUACAGGAAUGAACUCGAUAUUCAACGUCCACCAGCUCCUGCUUAAGUCCCGUGGACCCAUGAAAAGCAUAUGCUUUGGAUUCCCAUACAUCGAUACUUUGAAGAUACUUGAGAAAUGGGGUCCGGGGGUGCAAUUUUAUGGUCUCUGUUCAACUGAGGAGAUAAAUGAUCUUGAGAAACGCCUGGAGUCAGGAGAACGGUACCUCGCUCUAUUUACCGAGUUCCCUGGGAACCCGCUGCUUCGAUCACCGGAUCUCGAACGGAUACACGCCCUUUCGAAGAAAUACGAAUUUGCGGUUGUCGUGGACGAAUCGCUGGGCAACUUCAUCAAUGUGAAUGUGCUGCCCUUUGCCGAUGUGGUGGUCAGCAGCCUGACGAAGAUAUUCAGCGGAGACAGCAAUGUUAUGGGUGGCAGUGCGGUGUUCAACCCGCAUGGACAGUUCUACCCGCUGUUCAAAGAGGUUCUGGCAAGGGAGUAUGAGGAUGACUAUUGGGCGGAGGAUGCAGUUUUCCUGGAGCGUAACAGCCGGGACUUUGUCUGUCGUGUUGAGCGGAUUAACAGAUCAGCAGAGAUAUUGACGUCUUUGCUUGAAUCUUCGCCUCUAGUCAAAGAUGUAUUUUACCCGAAGAACAGCCCAACGAGGGCAUUUUACGACCGAUGCCGUAACCACGAUGGUGGCUAUGGCGGUUUAUUUUCGGUUAUCUUCCAUACGCCCGAGGCAGCUGCAGCGUUUUUUGACAACCUUGCGGUGUUAAAGGGCCCGAGUCUAGGGACCAAUUUUACUCUUAGCUGUCCGUAUACUAUCCUGGCGCAUUAUCAGGAACUGGACUGGGCCAAAUCCCUGAACGUCCCGUCUGAUCUGGUGAGGAUCAGCGUCGGACUUGAAGACGUUGAUGAUAUGAAAAAGAGAAUCACACAUGCUCUUGAAGCAGUGGAGAAAUUGGGGAAGAGCACCUGA